CAGAUACUCAUGCUAUGUUUAUGGUUUCCAGGUUGCACAAAUCAGAUCACUGAAAGAUGGAAGAAGAAGAUUUUGAUGAAAUUACAAACAAGCUGUGCUCUUACUACAUAAAAGAGGAAGAGGAAGGACUCCAGCAAUACAUCCUCAAGACUACAGUUAUCAAAAAGGAUGAAAGAAACAAAGUUCAAGUGUUAUCUGUUGGAGAGCCCAGUGACAGACCCACCAAGUGUAUACUCCUACUUGGGGAAUCGGGUGCAGGAAAGACAACUAUUGUUAGUGCUAUGGUCAAUUACUUGUUUGGUGUGAAGUAUGAUAAUAUUUUCAGGCUGAAAGUUGAAGAUCAGCUAGAAGAUGAUAACAGAAGGGAAACGGAGAGUCAGACAGACUAUAUCACUGUCUAUUUGUUAUACCACCAUGAAGAAAUGGCAUUUGAGUUUAGUCUCAUGAUUGUAGAUACACCAGGUCUGGCUGACACUAGGGGCAUGCAGCAACAAAACAGUGUUAAGAAUCACCUGGAGGCAUUUCUAACAAGUGAUUAUGGUAUUGACGACCUUAGCUGCAUUGGGUUAGUUGCUAAAGCUAACACUAAUAGAGAUUUUGUGUUCCAAAAAGAAUUACUGAGUGAUAUUAUAUCUUUACUUGGAAAUAAUGUACCAAACAUUACACAUUUAUUUGCCACUUUUGCUGUAGAGAAACCCAUGGUUGACCAAAUUGUCCGAAAUGCAGGUGUAAAAUUCACUAGUAUGUUUGAGUUUGAUAAUGGGGUUCUGUUUGCUUCACCAAGAAAAGGAUGUAGCACUCAGAAGAGAGACCAUGUAAUGAUUUCAUACAGAUGGGAAAACAUGAUAGAGCAGUACCAGAACUUUUUUGAUGUUCUUGUUCAUACACCACCUGUUAAUGUUAAGAUAUUGCGUGAAAAGAAAUUCUUGGAUAAGUCAGCAGCUUCAUUAAAGCUGCAAGUAGAAGAGUUAGGGAAGUUACUUACUGCACUAGAGGAAAAUAGAAAAAUGCUUAUCAAAUAUGAAUUACAAGAAGCAAGGAAUAAAAACUGGCGUCAUGAAAGAAGAUUAAAGAGAAAGAGCAGGGUGAAGGUAGAGGAUGGGUAUCAUGCCCAUAAUUGUCCUGAGUGUAACCAGACGUGCAUAUUCCCCUGUCCAUCUAUGAAAGAAAACAAUGCCAGCAUGAUUGGUGGAGUGGCAGGUGUUCUGGGUGGAUCUGCAGCAGGUGCUGCAGCUGCACAAGCAACUGCUACAGCAGCAGCCAGAGCUGCUGCAUCAUCUGGGUAUGCUGUGACUAUUGGAAGCUGGGUAACCAGAGCCCUUGGAGGUGCUGCUGUAACUGCUAGUGAGGUUGGUGCUGUGGGAGGCAUUCCUGGUGUUAUUGUAGGGGGCAUGGUGGGUGUGACUAUAGGUGCAGUUGCUGGGGCAUGUUGUGGAAAGAUGUUAUCUGGUGCAUCAUGUAUUCAACCUGGGCGGGGAGAUGUGUGUGGAGAAAAGGGGUGUUUACACUCUCUGUCUGUACAUGUAACAGAAGAUGAACGCAUUAUGGAAUAUGAGGAUAUAGAAAUAGAUAUUGAUGCAUAUUCCAAAGAACUUCAUGACAUAGCUGUUUCAAAAAAAACUGAUGCAAUGGCUAAAAUUGUAAGUGGUGGCCAGAAAAUUUUAGUUUGUAAGAAAAUGGUAAGUCAUUUUAUGCUCAAAAUUUUAUUUCAUGGCAAGACAGUAUGUGAGUUGACUGAAGGUUUAGAAGUUAUUGAUCCCAUAGAAAUCUUGGACAAACUUAUUGCUGAAGUUAGGUUAGGGAAGCCUGAUCACAUCCAUCAUGCAAUAGCUGUCCUUCAGGUAAUGAAAAAGGCAGUAAAGACACUAGAGUCAUGUCCAACCAAAGAAAUUUGUGAUCAGUGUGAUGUGAUAAUGAGUUUACUGGAAUGUGUACCCUAGAAUGCAUAUUUCUUAUUCAUGGAAUUUAUUGUUAUGUUCAAUCUUUAUUUUGAAAGUCAUAUGAAAUUUGCUUUUGAAAUACAUUUGAUUUCAGGUGUGUUUGUUUUUGUUUGGGUUAUACAGAUGAUUUGAAUUUGUAGCUUUUGUGUAAGUCUGAAUUUUCUAUUUUCAUGUUUAAAAAUGAACUGGUUAUGUGUUACAAGGAGUAUUGUAGAACCUUUAAUGAGGUAAGUGGCUUCAUCAUAGGCAGUAUUUAAUCCUUAAUGACAGUAGUAAUUAGGCAUAUACUCCAUUAACAAGUAGAGACCUACUUAAUUCCAAAUUGAAGUAUAUAGACACUUAUAGGUAUGAGUUUGAGCUUAUGGUCUCAUAAAUGCAUAUUCUUAUGCAAAUUUACAGAUACAAUAAAUUUAUACAUAUAUAUUUAUAUUUAUACAUAUAUACUUAUGUGUGUGUGCAUAUAUAUAUAUAUAUAUAUAUAUAUAUAUAUAUAUAUAUAUAUAUAUAUAUAUAUAUAUGUACAUACAUGUACAUACUCUUGUAUGCAUGUAUGUGCUUGUUACAUAUAUAUUCAGAAAAUAUAUAAUAAUGAAGUGAAAUAUUUAAGACAGCUGUUUAAUAUGCUGUAAGUGUAUAUGAAAAAAGAGGUUGAACUGAACAGAAUGAGAAAUAGAGUUUGUGGAUGAGAAUCAGAAUGUGAAAUGGAGUGUUUAUGAAACUAAUAUUGACACUGAUACUGCCAAAAGAUUAUUAAGUUAUGAAAACCAUUUUUUAUCUUUAUUAAGAUACAUAUAUAUCAUUAACACACACUCCAUAUUAUCUCUCCAGGUAGUUUAUGUUCUUUGCAAUAACAGUAACAAUCAGGUACAAUGUUAUUUUCUUGAAAAUAUUUUUGUAUUUUUUAUAUUUUUGUAUUAAAUUUUCUGUAACCACUCUACACUGCUGGAAUGGGCUUGGAUAGCUUCCUGCACAUGAACAUAAUGUUCUCCCAGGAGACAGCCCGGCUGACAAAUGAACCAGUGGAAAUCUUGCAGAAGGUUGUGAGUGAGCCCCAUCCAGACCUGCAGAGUCAAUCUCACUCCAACUGAUCUGUGUACCCAUGAUGAGACCUCCCCAAUAUCUGAUACAUGGCAAAAAUUUCCUGCGUCAAGAUGUUACUGUCACCUGCCCCACAGCUAGAUUUUUUCCGUGACUUGAUCUGCCUGUCACCUGCCCAUUGGCCAAAUUUUAUCCUUGAUGAGAUAUUCCUGUUCUUUUCAUUGCAAGAUGUCUGCGUCACCUGAAUCUAACAGGUUAAUGUGUGGCACGCGUACGCACGCGCGCGCGCGCACACACACACACACACACACACACACACACACACACACACACACACACACACACACACACACACACACACACACACACACACACACACACACACACA